GCAAGGAUCGUCCUCAACAAAGGAUUAAUGUGCCCUUUAGCCACAGGAGUAAUUUGAGGGCUCACGGCGUGUAGAGAGAGACGGGCAUUGGCCGUGCGGUUAAGCCAGCAAUCCUUCCUCGUUUGGGUUUGCAAGGCUGUUUUCAUUAAUGAAGCCCACGUCACGCAGGUCAGGGGUCAUUACUCGAAUUUGAGCGUUCUAUUCGUCGAUAAGAAUAACCGCCUGGAGGCUGUCGUUAGUCGACCACCGAACUUUAUACGGUGCUAGCCUGGAUGAUAAUAGUCCGAAGUAGUAUCCCUCUCUGCUCCCAUGGGGGGUGAUCUUGAGGUCUUAUGAGCUGGGUAUUCUCCCGAUUCCCUCCUCUAUGCCGACUAAGCCCCAAUCCAGCGUUUGACCUGAUCAACAUCCCGCUGUGGGCUCUCGCCAUGUCCACCUAUGGUUAUGAGAACUGCGUGUCGGGGACAUUCUACGGUUUCACGAAGACUGAAUUCAACCCCGGAGACACGCUCAACCUGCAGUGGGGAGCGAUCGACGAUGGGGCAACUCCACUCAACAUCACCCUAGGGCGGGCUGGAGGAUACAUCGUUGAUCCGAUAAUUGUUGGCGCCCAGUUCACCGAAACGAGUGCUCUCUACCAACUUGUUGUCAACGAAACCGCGAACUGUACCCUGGAAGAAUACAGCUGGGCGAUUCCGAAAGACUUCAACACGACUAAUCCGGAGUAUCAGAUCGGACUUUUCAACGCAUCCGUUCUUCUUGGUGCGGAUGGGAUUGCCUUGUUCGGUUGGCAAGCCUGGAGCCCAGACUUUUAUGUCCGUCCUGCAAGCACUUCGACAACCGAUGCAACCAACACGGCAACAGGCACAGCAAGUCAAACUUCAACCACGUCUUUGUCACCUGUUUCCGUCUCCGCAUCGGUUUCUUCGUCUCCGGAAACUGAAAGCCAAUCAUCGAAUACAAACACUGUUGGUAUCGGCGUGGGAGUCGGUGUUGGUGUUGCAGCUCUAGCAGGCAUUCUUCUAGGCGCAUACUACUUCAUGCGGCGACGUAGAAAGGCUCGGAUUUACUCACAGAGCUUUUGGGAUGGCCAGCAACAUAUGCCGGCUGAGUUACCAGCCACAGAGAAGCGGCCACCUGCGUAUGAGCUGCAGGGGUGAUCCAGGCAUCAGCUGGGAUAGUAUUGAGAGAAGAAUGUCGGAGCGAGAUGGGAGUCGUGAUUGUGAGUCUUAUUACUGAUGACAUAAGUAUAUGUAAGCUGGAAGGACACAUUGAAGGGAGCCUGUAAAGUAUAUAUGAUACCCAGUCAUUAUUUGUUUAUUAUUUGAAGGAUGCUCUACUAGCUGCUGGAGUCAGUGUUUGUUGAUCUUUAGUGUAACAGGAG